AUGUCCAAUGUUAUCCUAGAGAGCAUCUUCCUGAAGCGUUCUCAGCAAAAGAAGAAAACGUCUCCGCUGAAUUUCAAGAAGCGCCUGUUUCUGUUGACAGAAAGCAAGCUCUCUUACUAUGAAUAUGACUUUGAACGUGGGCGCAGAGGAAGUAAGAAGGGCUCGGUGGACAUUGAUAAAAUCACUUGUGUCGAGAUUGUGGUUCCAGAAAAUGACCCCCCUCCAGAACGACGGAUAUCGCGAAAAGAAGAUGCAAAUGAACACGAGCAGAUUUCCAUUAUAGAGCGGUUUCCUUAUCCCUUCCAAGUUGUAUACGAUGAAGGACCCCUUUAUGUCUUCUCUCCCAUGGAGGAAUUACGGACCCGCUGGAUUCACCAACUGAAGAACAUGACCUACUAUAACAGCAACCUGGUGCAGAAGUAUCAUCCUUGUUUCUGGACAGAUGGACAAUAUCUUUGCUGCUUCCAGACUGCCAAAAUGGCCAUGGGUUGCAAAGUUCUGGCAGGCAGGAGUCAAAGUUUCAAAAGUGGCCGUUUGCUUCAGAAGCCCGAAAAGCCGUUGCCCCCAACACCAGAAGAGAACCAGUUCAUGAAGAAGCCUCUGCCGCCCAAGCCAUCAACCAGCAUUCCUUCUAAGACCAGGAAAGUGAUCGCUCUCUACGAUUACACCCCCAUGAAUGACCAAGACUUGCAGCUGCAGAAAGGGGAAGAAUAUCUCAUCCUGGAGGAGAGCAGUGAAUCUUGGUGGCGGGCACAAGACCAGAACGGGAAACAAGGUUACAUUCCCUCCAAUUACAUCACCGAAACAAGAGAUUCUCUGGAGAUAUUUGAGUGGUAUUUAAAAAACAUAACCAGAAGACAAGCAGAAGAAUUGCUGAAGAAAGAGAGCAAAGAUGGCGGUUUCAUUGUUCGAGAUUCUGUCAGCAAGACAGGCAAAUACACCGUCUCUGUGUUUGCUAAGUCCUCCGGGGAGCCUCAGGGCACCAUCCGCCACUAUGUGGUGUGCUCGACAGCGCAGAACAAAUAUUUCCUGGCCGAGAAGCACCACUUCAACACUAUCCCGGAGCUCAUCAACUAUCACCAACACAACUCCGCAGGACUUAUCUCCCGAUUGAAGUAUCCAGUGUCAGCACAACAAAAAUCUGCUCCUUCCACUGCAGGUCUUGGAUAUGGGGCAUGGGAGAUUGAUCUGAAGGAACUGACAUUUCUGAAAGAGCUGGGGACAGGCCAGUUUGGGGUGGUGAAACAUGGCAAGUGGCGAGGUCAAUACGACGUGGCCAUCAAGAUGAUCAAAGAAGGCUGCAUGUCAGAAGAUGCGUUUAUCGAUGAAGCCAAAGUCAUGAUGAAUCUUUCCCAUGCGAACCUGGUGCAGCUGUUUGGGGUUUGCACUAAGGAAAGACCAAUCUUGAUUAUCACGGAGUACCUGUCCAAAGGUUGUCUCUUGGCCUACCUGCGGGAUACUCGGCGGUCUUUCCAGGCCACCGAGCUUUUGGAUAUGUGCAAGGAUGUUUGUGAGGCCAUGGAAUAUCUGGAAUCCAAACAGUUUUUACACAGAGACUUGGCUGCUCGCAACUGCUUGGUCAAUGAACAAGGAGUGGUCAAAGUCUCUGAUUUUGGCCUUUCCAGGUAUGUCUUGGAUGAUGACUACAUCAGCUCCGUGGGAUCCAAAUUUCCAGUCCGGUGGUCUCCUCCAGAGGUUCUUCUCUAUAGCAAGUUCAGCAGCAAAUCGGAUGUCUGGGCUUUUGGAGUUCUGAUGUGGGAGGUCCACGCUUUGGGGAAGAUGCCCUACGAGAGGUUCACCAACAGCGAGACCACCGAUCACGUCAUCAAAGGGCUGCGUCUCUACCGCCCCCAGCUGGCCUCCGACAGGAUCUACACCAUCAUGUACAGUUGUUGGCAUGAGAAAGCAGAAGAGCGUCCAAGUUUUCAAGUCCUUCUUGGACACAUUAUGGAUUUAGCGAACGAAGAAGCCUGAUUCCCGUCGGUUACCCAAUAUACAUUUUUCUCUGUGAAUUGCUGCCACCUUCCUCCGUUUGCUGAAGAAUUGUUGAAUGGACACGGUGAAAGCAAAAUCAGCAAGAAGGCAAUCACAACCAAAGUGCUUUGAUCGAUUGAGAACUGUCUUCAAGUCGCCUUUAACUCACCUUUGUGUUUCUCUUUGAAGCCAGCCAAAACUAACAAGUCAGCAAGUGCUGUUUAGGUGUUUCCAGCAGGAUAAGGUGCAGCUUGUCCCCACUGUUGAGCUGAAGUGUUAUCAUCCCAUUCCCAAGUCAGCAGAAAAGAAAACCAGCAUGACAUUUUCUGUCCUCAUUUAUGAUCCCUGACUCACCUCAGUUUCUGCCUUCCCUUCAUGAUCACUCCCAGAUUUUGCUCACCUGGAGAUUGACCUUGGAUUACAGGAAAAAUCCUGCUUAGUAUUGGAUGGGAUCAGAACUGGUAGCUAGUUUUUUGUUGCCCAGGCCCAGAAUGGACUUCCGGAAGCGGCAUCCACACAGAGAACUGGUUGUUCACAUAUUUGAAUCCCACCGCUGGAUGGGUAAAGGCACCUGGUUGAAAUGAGCAGAAAAGCUAGAAAACUAUGAUUACAGGCAAAUAGCAGAGGCUUUUGGUGUAAGAAUGUGUAGCUCUUCCAAGAUCACUUGGAACAAGAUAAUGGGAUUUAAUAAACUUCUGGGAAUGCAGCUACUCCAAAAUGUAUUGGACAGUGAUGAUAAAAAUGGAAAGAAGCGAUAGGAAAAUGAAUUGCAUUUCAUAAAGAGAAAAUAAACUCAUUUGCAUCACCAUCUUUCUUGGAUCCCUGUGGACUUGUUCACUGGUGCUUUGCUGAACACGAAGAUCUGCUUUUAAUUUCUGUUUACUGUAGAAGGUAUCUGACUAAUCUUAUAUCUUCUUUCCCUAUAAAUGACAUUCAAAGUCCUGAAAAAUUCUUCUGCUUGCAAAAACUGAAGCCAGGAGUCUUACUGUAUGUAGAACUCUUCAGAUAAACUUUGAGAAAACUUUCCCUUUUAGAAAAUACAAAACGGGUAAAUGUUGGUGCAAUAUAAGAGAAAGGAUAGAACAGUGCAACGCACGAGACUUCCCAUCAAAUUAGCCAUACCCAGGGCUUUUUUUGUCAUAGAACGCCCAGAACGGAGUUCCGGCACCUUUUUUGGAUGCAACCUUGUAGGGUAGGCAAGGCGGGUUGUAUAACGUAUGUGAGUUCCGGCACCUUUUUUUGUUUUAGAAAAAAAGCACUGGCCAUACCUGAGGUCUGUUUCGCUUUGAAGCAGUGAGAAAAUAGAAUGGUGAAGUAAUAAAGAGGAAGGGGGAAAAAAGAGUCUGCCACAGGAUGUGUUGUAGAGCAGACCAAACUGCUUUUUCUACUAUGCAGAUUUUGAAAACAAGCUCACAUAAUUUAGGCUUCCAGUUAUAAUGGGUACUUAUUAGUGUUUUUUUUCCCCUCCAUCUCUUCUAUCCAUUUGCUCUCUCGUUUGCAUGGAAAUCCUGUUCAUUUAGAGCUGAUACGUGAGCUAUAAACCUGAACACUGUUUGUGUAGAGAAUAUGUAUAUAACAUGCAAAGUCAAGGCUGAGUUCCUAAAAUAGCCUUACAAUGCAGUCUAUUUAUUUCUGCACACUGCAAAGGGAGGAGAGCAAGCCAGAGAUUGUGACUUAAGCAACUCUGUAACUCUUAACAUGAUUAGAUGGAACAUGUGUAUGCUUGUAUGUUCAUCCUCAA